GUUCGCUUUUGCAACCUUCGUUCAUUCCGAUUUUAACCACCGCGUCGAACGCGCGCGCUUCACACUAUUUAUAAAAACACGUGGCGGUGUAGUUGGUUCACAGUAUAACCUCAUUGUGAUAUAGAAAUAUAUACGAGACUGCUAGAAGGUAUCCCAUUAUAGCAGCUGUAAAUCCAAGGAGCUGAUAUGGUGAAUGAGUCAAAUGGGAACGUGGCUCCUCCCCAGGAGUUGGAGACGUUCCUUCCACAAGACGAGAAGAAAGACAAGGUUGAGAAAAAAUAUAACCUAACUAAAGAAAAAGAUGUCGAAGAGGGUGAUUACGAUCCGUUUGCAGAAAGAAAAUUGGACAAUCCGACCUCCAACAUGGACACACUGACUCACUUACUGAAGGCGUCUUUGGGUACUGGUAUUCUAGCUAUGCCAAAAGCCUUCCAGUGUUCAGGGCUUUUGGCGGGAAUUUUCUUCACGAUUUUGGUCGCUGUAGUAUGCACUCACUGCGCAUACGUCCUUAUAAAAUGCGCACACGUACUUUACUACAAGACGAAAAAACCAACAAUGAGCUUUCCGGAAGUUGCGGAGGCGGCCCUGGAUAACGGUCCCCAAUGGGGAAGAAGAUGGGCAUAUACUUUUAGGAUCUUCAUCUUGGUCAGUCUGUUCAUAACGUACUUCGGUACGUGUUCGGUGUACGCGGUUAUAAUUGCUGAAAAUAUUAAAAAGGUAGUUCAUUUCUAUUGGGAAAGCACCCAAGAAAACUUCGGGAUACGAAUAUUUAUCCUCCUAAUUCUCCCGCUGCUAAUCUUUAUGGCAUGGAUCAAGAAUCUGAAAUAUUUGGCGCCGGUCUCAAUGAUAGCAAAUUUAUUUAUGGCAGUGGGCCUCGGGAUAACGUUUUAUUUCCUCGUCGGCACCGAGUCCUUGGAUUUCGGGAAAGUUGCAGCAGUGAAACAUCCCAGCGAAUGGCCGCAAUUUUUCUCCCUCACAAUCUUUGCCAUGGAGGCAAUCGGUGUCGUGAUGCCUUUAGAAAAUUCGAUGAAAACUCCGCGCUCUAUGCUUGGAUUCUGCGGGGUUCUGAACAAGGGGAUGUCUGGUGUCACCUUGGUGUACAUUCUUCUUGGAUUCCUUGGUUACCUCCGCUACGGAGAGCUGGUACAAGAUUCGAUCACGCUCAACUUGGAACCGCACCCCGACGAUCCUAAGAUCUAUGAAGUUCUCGCCCAAACCGUAAAAAUUUCCAUCGCCAUCGCCGUGUACUGCACAUUUGGGCUCCAAUUCUUCGUCUGCAUCGAAAUCAUGUGGAACUGCAUGAAGGACAAGUUCACUCAGCGGCCGGACCUCGCGGACUACGUGAUGCGCACCAUCCUAGUCACAGUGUGCGUUCUCCUGGCCGUGGCCGUGCCCACAAUAGGUCCGUUCAUGGGCGUCAUCGGCGCGUUCUGCUUUUCUAUCCUCGGCCUCAUCGCUCCCGCUUUCAUAGAAAUCAUAACCUUCUGGGACAUCGGUUUCGGUCCUUACAAAUAUCUCAUAUGGAAAAAUUUACUCGUACUAAUCUUCGGGCUGUUCGCUCUCAUUUUCGGCACCAUAGAUGCGUUCAAAAGCAUAAUAUCCGUGUACAGCGCACACUAGCACCGAGGGCGGACAGUUAAGUUGCAUUAGUGAUUUUUGUAAGUUAAUUUUAAGAUAGCAAUCGAGACUUCGUACGUCUAACUGACAUUUUAAAAACGUUCUUGAAUGGUGCUUCAUAUUAUAUAACAUUAACCGGUCGCGUGUGGUCCGUUAGGUUAUUGUUAAUUGGAUUAUUGUAUUUCGAUAGCAUUCCCAAAUGCGGCGCUGUUUUAAUAAGAGCUGUCUUAGCUUUAUUAGGUGUUUGAACGAUGUCUCAUGUUAAGUGGUUACGGUGCGCCCACCCACAUAAUGACGUGAUAUUCUUAUAAAUAAUUGAUAUUAAUAAAAAAUUAUAAUUUAAGGGAUUCGGAUUAACAUCUCAAAAUUUUUUUUUAAAUACUUCAUUUUAACUACAUACGUCAUUGUAAUUUCCUGUUUAGAUCAAAAUGUAAAAAAUAAUUAUAGUUCUAACUGCCGUCUGAAAUGUUUGCAACGGAUUCGUGGACAAAGCUCUUAAGAUAGUUAAACUUAAGAUCAAUAUUUUAUUAUAUUAAAUAACGAUUUUUAUUUUAUUUAACCCCGUAUUAAAGAUAAUGUUUCUGCUAUAGAUUGAUAAAUGGCAUUGAUCGGUGUUUAUGAAAAUUCCUGCCCUCGGAUUAUAGAUAGAAUCGAAUUUUUAUAUUACGAAAACAAAUAUACUUAUUGAUAAAAAAAAUUAUGUACUUAAUGCCACGGAAUUUAAUAGUUUUAGUGCGUCAUAAUGUCUAAGUGUGAGGACGAUAGCACUUGUACAUAUACCAAAUCAUAGUGAUGUGAUAUAAAAGAGAACAGUGGAAUAUCCAACGAGGCCUUCUUUACUAGACCAUAGACAUAGAAACAGUAUUUUAGAUCGAGUUUUAGUAGUAAAAUGAUAUAUUAAUUGAAAAGCAAACUUGAAUCUUAAUGGGGGACCAUUUUUCGUUACGCUCUGCUACGUUAUUCGCAUUUACAGAUGUUAUUCAAUUUAUAUUAGUCGUAAGUAGAUACUGGCUUUUAUAUAUGUUAUAAGCUUUCGUAUUGGGAUUUUAAAUAUGUGUACGCCCUAUGCAUAGGCUGUUUUUUUUUUUUUACAGAUGGUAUUAUUUAUGUUAAAGCCAACAAAGUUCCUAUAUCAUAAUUUUUAUUAAAAAAAAAAUUAUAUGAAAUGGUGAUUUUUAGUAGGCAAUCUGGUAUUAAAAUUAUAUAAUAUAAUAGGUUCACGUGACAUUUCUAAAACCGGCAUGUACAGCUAUCGUGUGUUAAAAAAAAAUAUUACGUCAAACUAUUCGUACAUCUCGAAUCGAAAGUACAUUGUUAUGUCAAACGAGCCUACACAUCAAUUUUAUGUAUGUCUUAAUUAUUUUUUUUUUUUUAAAUUGUUUUACAAAUACAGAACAAUUCCGAA